AUGCCCUUUGACUUCAGGAGGUUUGACAUCUACAGGAAGGUGCCCAAGGACCUCACGCAGCCGACGUACACCGGGGCCAUCAUCUCCGUCUGCUGCUGCCUCUUCAUCCUCUUCCUCUUCCUCUCGGAGCUCACCGGAUUCAUAACCACAGAAGUGGUGAACGAGCUGUACGUCGAUGACCCGGACAAGGACAGCGGGGGCAAGAUCGACGUCAGCCUGAACAUCAGCUUACCCAACUUGCACUGCGACCUGGUCGGGCUGGACAUCCAGGAUGAGAUGGGCAGGCACGAAGUGGGGCACAUCGACAACUCCAUGAAGAUCCCGCUGAGCAACGGGGCAGGCUGCCGCUUCGAGGGCCAGUUCAGCAUCAACAAGGUCCCCGGGAACUUCCAUGUGUCCACACACAGUGCCUCGGCCCAGCCCCAGAACCCGGACAUGACCCACAUCAUCCACAAGCUGUCCUUCGGGGACACGCUGCAGGUGCAGAACGUCCACGGAGCCUUCAACGCGCUGGGAGGCGCAGACAGACUCACCUCCAACCCCCUCGCCUCCCACGACUACAUCCUGAAGAUUGUGCCCACGGUUUACGAAGACAAGAGCGGCAAGCAGCGGUACUCCUACCAGUACACGGUGGCCAACAAGGAGUACGUCGCCUACAGCCACACCGGCCGCAUCAUCCCUGCCAUCUGGUUCCGCUACGACCUCAGCCCCAUCACGGUCAAGUACACAGAGAGACGGCAGCCCCUGUACAGGUUCAUCACCACGAUCUGUGCCAUCAUCGGCGGGACCUUCACGGUAGCUGGCAUUCUGGACUCGUGUAUCUUCACCGCCUCGGAGGCCUGGAAGAAGAUCCAGCUGGGCAAGAUGCACUGA